AUGCCAAUGCAGCCACAGACAGAGGAGGCAGAGCACUUUGACAGACUGUCACUGCUUUACUGGACAGUCAUGGGACCUCAUGGCAUUAACCGUGCUGUGCAGAGACUGGAAUUCUCAAACUGCAGAAAAGGACUUGGGGUGAAAAUCAUCGGAGGUUACAGAGAGCUGAGUGGGGAAAGGUUUGGCAUUUUCAUUAAGUGGGUUUUACCUGGAGGCAUGGCUGCACAGGAUGGCCGACUUAAAGCUGGUGACCUAAUUUUAUACGUCAACAAUAUGAAUUUAAGGGGUGUUACAAAUGAAAGGGCAGUGGAUUUUUUACGCACAGCAUCGGCCACAAACCACAUGUCACUACUGAUUGCCCGGGAUCAUGAUUCAAGGAGAGAGUUUGUUGAACUUAUGGAGAAAUAUGGCUCUAACAGCAAUGCAAGCCCAGGAUCUGGCAAGACAUCUCCUCCUCCGUUCUCCACGGGCACGAUGGCUGAUGCUGCCUCAUCGACCUCAUCUUCCAGGUCAACGAUCUUGAACCCUAAAUACUGCACAGCCGAAAUAGCUCCGCAGGUCUGCAGUGACUGCAUGAUUCAGUUGAUAUGUGUUGCCAAGCGAACAGGCUUAGGCUUGGUCAUCAAGGGAGGAGCUAACUGUGCAGAGGGGCCAAUGGUGUUCAUUCAGGAAAUUGUACCUGGAGGAGAUUGCCAAAGGGAUGGAAGACUAAAUGUUGGAGAUCAACUCAUAUCUAUCAAUAAAGAAUCAUUUAUUGGAGUAACACACGAAGAGGCCAAAAGCAUUUUAAGGCGAACCAAGCUCAGACCCGAGCCCACAGUGGAAAUAGCAUUUUUUAGGCGGAGGUCCUCUUCUGGCUCCAGCAGUGGCCCCCACAGCCCUAUCUCCCUGCAGCUGCCGUGUAUCACUGUCCCCCAGCACAGACCCCCAGGCCUGGGAUCAAUAAUGUUGCCUCGAGGUAUAAUGCCCAGGAGUUCCCCCACCCCCACCUCUAGAAGUGAAUCAUUGCCUUCAGUCGAUCUGACUCAGGUACGAGCAAUGCCAGUGAAACCAGAGCGCCCCCCUCCCUCCCCUCCUGAGAGUGCCUGCAUCACAGAGGACAUCUCCGAUGUUGCCGAACCCUGGAAGCCCAGCGCCCCUCUCGCAGGUGCCCAGUUAAGGCCAACUCCACACAGCUCUAGUUCCCAAGUAAAAUUAGAGAGGCUGGAGCAGGCUCUGGAAUCACUGGGGCUUAUUCCAGCUGAAUCUCAGCUUCAGACUUUGAGAGAGAGGCUUCACGUGGGCCCUGAUGGGACUGUAGCUUAUGUAGAUUUUGAGACUCUGGCAAAAGAACUCUUCAAGUUGACAGAUGAGCCUAGACUAGAACAGGAAACACACAGAUUCACAUCUGAUGAUCUCAAUGACACCUCAUCAAGCCAUCAAAAUCUAGCAUUGACGUCUGACUCUGAUGACAUUAAUGAGAUGGAAAGAUUAAGAAAAGAUCACAUUGAUGCCUUAAGAGAGAUAAAGAGACUGCAGGACAAGUUGGCUGAAUCAGAUAACCUUUUUCAUAAUGUCCGGCAGGAGCUUAUUAAAGUCAAACAGGAGGCAAAAGCUGCGGUGGAAGAAGGAAGUGCUCUGCAGGCGUGCCUCCACCUGGCCGAGGCUGCCCAGAAACAGACGCGGGGGAUGGAGAUGGACUAUGAGGAGGUCAUCCGCCUCCUGGAGGAAGAGACAGCAGAGAUUAAGUCCCAGAGGAGCCAAAGGUUCAGCCAGCCCAAGGAAGAGAAAGAACUGAAGAAGAGGGUUGCUUUGCUCGAGUGUCAGUUACAAAAGAGUGAAGCUGCGAAAAAAGGCUUUCAAAUAUCUACGGGUAAACUUCUGCACUUUGUGGAGGUCAUGGAAGACUUCCUAAGAGAAAACCAAGGGGCUUUUAGAAACUAUAGCUCUCAGAAUGAACUGAAGCAGGCAGCGCAUUCUCAAGCUUUGGCUCCACGAGAUGGAGUUAAGGUGUCCAGGAUGGCCUCAACCCUUGCCUUAGAGGCCAAGGAGCUCAGUCGCACGGUUAGAUCCAUUCUAGAGGUGGACAUCUUACCAUAUGGCUGGGAUAAAGCUUAUUCUGCAGAUGGGGUCAAAUACUACAUCAAUCAUGUGACCCAAGCAACAUCAUGGACCUACCCUGUGAUCAACUCCCUUGGUCUGUCUGGACCAGGGGCAAACGACCAAAACAAGAGCUCCACUGAGUUCAGGGACUAGACCCAGCCUCAUCCCAAUUAUUUAUAUUACAUUUUUUCAAGCCAAACAGGUCUCUUAGAUUAUCGGGGGACAUAUACAUUCAUAUAAUCAUGGGAUAUAGUGACUGUUGCAGGACAUGAAAGUAAAUAUAACACUAAAAGAAACAAAUGUUCAUAUUUGGACAAUGUUAAAAUUGUUAACAACCACAUUUGCACCACCCCCCCACUUGUGUUGAUUUUAGCUUCAUGUUUUUUCCAUCUACCUACUUUGUAUUGCAUUUCAGGAAUUUUCUCCUUUCAUCUACUCUGUUGUUUUCUCUUUUUACAGUACAUUCACCAAAACAAUGGCCAGAGCCAUUCACCUUUUCCAUUUUCCAAAGAAGUCAAACAAUGUCAAAACUUUUAGAAGUCAAAGAACAUGGCAUGGCCUCUUAUUAUGACAGCAAAAGUGUGUUAGAGGACAAAGUGAGCAUGAAUCAUGAUGAACUUUAACUGACACAGUUAACUGACAGACUGAAUCUUUGCUUGACAUAGCGACUGCAGAUUUUUAUAGUAGUUUACAAUCUUGUCUGUAUUAAUCAGCAACAACAGUCAUUGUUUAUUAUUGUUUUACUCUUAUGUGUCAGUCACAUGUGCUACAUUUAAAUAAAAUAUAUUUCACAGUCCAUUAUGAUGUGUUAUUUGGACAUAAUUGUACAUUCACGAUUCAUUGUUGUGCACAAUGACAUUCACAACACAACAAAUCAAUUUAACUUUGUUUUAACCUUUGUGAGAUUUAUUGUUGAGAAACAUAACAC